UCAAUCCACCGUUCUACCAACAUGGCCACGAUAAGCCGUACUUCGACUAAAUUAUUUAGAAAAAUACAAUUUUCACCUGUUUUAACGCGUAAUUUUAGUAAUGUGAAAAGUGAUAAUUCGUUAAAAAAGAUUUUGACGACCUGUGUGUGUGUUGCUGGCGGGGGAUUGGCAUUUUAUGCUGUAAAUAAAUAUGGGAGGAAGAACACGGUUUAUGCUCUCAAGGCGAAGCCGGACGAGCUUGCCAAGUCGGUGAAGCUGACAUCUCGAGAGAGGCGGUUCAUCAAGUUUGCGAGCGUCGAGUAUGGAGGACAGCUGUACAUGACGCCACAGGACUUCUUGGAGUCUGUGGUGGAACAGGAGCCUAGACCUCGGUUAAAGCGCCGUGUGCUGACCACGAAAGAGAUAGAACACCUGCGCGACAACACGCCGGCCCUCAAGAAGGGAUCCUCGCAGAUGUUCCGCAACAUGAGGGACAAAGGAAUCAUCUCUUACACGGAGUAUCUGUUCCUGCUCUCAAUUCUGACGAAGCCGGCUUCAGGUUUCCGCAUCGCGUUCAAUAUGUUCGAUACGGACGGUAACCAGCGCGUUGAUAAAAACGAGUUCUUAGUCCUGCUUACCUUAGUGUCGACAAGCGCAAUGAAGAACAGGGCCGGUCAUGAAGUCCCGAGUUCGUCCACCAUGGAGAAGAUCUUCAGUUUCGCAUGGCGAGGCAAGAGAGGGAUGACGGAUGAAGAAAAUAAGAACGAAGCGCCAGUGGAUGAUAAAGCGGUUGUUAAAGCGGAUGGUAAAGGGGAUGACAAGGCGCAUGAGAACUACGUGAAUGAUGAUCAGGGGCUGCAGAGGAGGCACAAUGUUGAUACUUUUCUGCAGGUGCAUUUCUUCGGCAAGAAAGGAACGAACGACCUGAAGUUCGAGGGUUUCAGGCAGUUCAUGGAGAACCUGCAGACCGAGGUGCUGGAGCUGGAAUUCCAUGAGUUUGCUAAAGGUCACGAGACGAUAUCCGAGGUGGACUUCGCGAAGAUCCUCCUUCGUUACACCUACCUGGACACGGACGAGUAUGACAUGUACCUGGAUCGUCUGCUGGACCGAGUCAAGUAUGAGCACGGCAUCACCUUCGAGGAGUUCAAGACCUUUUGCCAGUUCCUCAACAAUCUGGAGGACUUUACUAUAGCUAUGAGGAUGUAUACGCUCGCUGAUCAUCCGAUUUCUAAAGACGAGUUCCACCGCGCCGUAAAGAUCUGCACGGGAAUAUCUCAGUCGGAACACCUGGUUACAACUGUGUUUGCGAUAUUCGACGCUGAUGGAGACGGCCUGCUCAGCUACAAGGAGUUCAUAGCCAUCAUGAAGGAUCGACUCCAUAGAGGAUUCAAGUCAUACGCCAAGAACGAAGGUUGGGAGGCGUUCAAAUCUUGUGUCAAACAAGAAAUGAAGAGUGCGGUGUAAUGUCAUCUCUUUCUAACACAUGAUUCACGUAACGUGCGAGAGAGACAACGAUAUGUCAUAUGCCUAGUUGCGUUUUGUUGCCAUAUUUAAAAACGAUUUUUCGAUCUCAUCGUUAUUUCUCACUAGUUUUUUAAAUAUUUUUAAUAGUUGCAAUAUUUUUUUGUUUAUAUGUAGUUUUUUUCUUUUUUAAGUGAAAUUGUUUUUACAUUUACUGAUAUACGAAAAGCAUUAGAUGGAUGGAAAGGAUGUUAUACAUUUUCAUCUUUAUCGCAAAGGAAAUAAAGUAGAAAAUUUAUUAAAGAACGAAAUUCACGAUUUAGCGGCCCAGCAGCUGUAGCCAAAUGGCAAUUAGCGCUUGUCUACAUGGAGAAUAGAAAACCAAAUUAUAUGGG